GGGACAUUUAUUAGCUCGCUAUCAAAUUACACUAGCACUGAUUAGCCAUCUUAUCUGGACCGGCGACCUUUGUCACAUGACCCAGUUAGCUUGGGCCGGCCUAGCACCAUCUAGCAGCAAAAUGAGUAAGCGAUCAUCAUCGUCACGGUGAUCUCGUUUUCCCACAAAUCAAAUAUGGGCUUGGCUAAUCAAGUUUGCCUGCUUCUGUAUGUCGGCUUUUUUCUACGGCGAUUUGGUAAUUAUUUUGUUUAUUCAAAUGUAUUCUUUUGUUAUAUGAACAUUUAUGUCUUCAUAUAAAGAUCUUUGGAAAACUCAGAUAUGUUCCUUCCGUGCUGAAAGGUACCUGACAACAUAAGCACAGCCUUUUUUGUCGUGCCUUAGGCAGAUCGAUUUCAUCACAGUGGUGAUUGCAGACAAACGCAGCAACUUGUUUGUGCCACGAAGGUGGCGGGAUUACGACUCGCCCGGGCCCAGCCUACGUGCUGGUGUGCUCGUGCGGCGUGGGCGUGGUCGCAGAUGACGCCUGGGUGUUUACGUCUGGUAAACGGGUCAUCCUCGUCUCUCACUUGAGGAGGAUGAAAAACAAAAGUAGGAAAAUCAACAAGCACAAAGGUGCCAUUGGUGUGUAUGUUGAAAUCUGACAUCCACGCAAACAUAUAUUUUGCAAAUGAUUGAAACAAGAUCUUACUGUGUUACAAUUGGUGUGGUUCAAGAGUAGUCCCCUGUGGUGCCCCUCAUGCUUCUGACCUUCUAUUAACUCGAGGGACACUUUUAUAAAUUGGACUUAUUCCCUUGACUGGUAGAAUAUUUUCAGAAUCUCACAGCUGCACAAACACACAGCAUCUUUGUUUUGUCGGCCAUUUUAAGAAGACUGUUGGUGAACGACCGCGAACCCGCCGCCUGGUCCCGACAAUCCAAUUUAAGGAUCUCUCCAUCUGGAUUUAGCUUGUUUUGACCGGGUCGCAAGGCACCACGGGAGGUCAGGGGGCUUACGGCUUAGCGCUAUAAACGCCUCGAACCGAUCCGCGCCACCCAGCCUGCACUUGGGACCUUCGCCGUUCGUACCCAUCUCGAGUUUCCCGCAAAGAUGGUUCUGGACGAUUCCGACGUGGAGAUGAUUGUGGCCGACGUUGAAGUUGCAGAGCAUGACGUGGAGACGGCGUAUGGACGACUCCACUGCACCAUGCGGGGCAUUCCCAAAGGCGAGCGGCCCGUCAUCCUCACCUUUCACGACAUCGGGCUCAACCACAAGACGUGCUGGGACUCGCUGUUCCAGCAUGAGGACAUGCUGGAGAUCCUGCACCACUUUGCUGUGUGUCACGUGGAUGCGCUGGGGCAGCAUGAGGGCGCCAACACCUUUUCUACCGGCUACGAGUAUCCGUCCAUGGACGAGCUCUCCGAGACGCUCCCGCUGGUGCUGAAGCAUUUUGGGCUGAAGUCUGUUAUUGGAUUAGGGAUGGGAGCCGGAGCUUUCAUGCUGACCAAAUUUGCUCUGGAGUACCCGAAAAUGGUGGAAGGUUUGGUGCUGAUCAACAUCAACCCGUGCGCCGAGGGCUGGAUGGACUGGGCUGCGCACAAGAUUAGUGGCUGGACCCACGCCUUGCCCGACCUGAUUAUCAGCCACCUCUUCGGAAAGGAGGAGAUCCACCACAACCAGGACAUGGUGGCCACAUACCGCCACCAUGUGAUGAGGGACAUGAACCAGUUCAACCUGCAGCUCUUCGUCAAGGCCUACGAAAGUCGGCGGGACCUGGAGAUCGAGAGGCCGGUGCCAGGAAGCAACACCAGAACCCUCAAGUGUCCUUCCCUUUUGGUGGUCGGGGACAGCUCGCCUGCCGUGGAUGCCGUGGUGGAGUGCAACACCAAACUGGACCCCACAAAAGCGACCCUGCUUAAGAUGGCCGACUGUGGAGGCAUGCCCCAGAUUGACCAGCCCGCCAAGCUGACGGAGGCGUUUAAGUACUUCAUUCAGGGCAUGGGAUACAUGCCGUCAGCCAGUAUGACCCGCCUGGUGCGCUCUCGCACGGCCUCGGGUUCCAGCGUGACAUCCUUCGAGGGUUCACGCUCGCGCUCACACACCCACGAGGGCAACCGCUCGCGCGCGCACACCAAUGAGGGCCCGCGCUCACGCUCACACACGGCCGAGCACCUGCGGGGUCACACCCCUGCCGCCGCCACCGACGCUGCCCCCGCCGUGGACCAGGGCAUGCUCAAGACCCCCGAAGUCUCCUGCUAAUCCCGUCGCAAUUAACUCCCUUUUUGUUUGCUGUACCUACCACUGUCAAAAGUUUUGUUUUUUUCAUCUAGAUUAAGAGGGUUGGACCUAAGAUUUCGGGUUUGGUGAUGAUGUAGCGUGUAGGGGCAUCGCUAGUGGCUGACAGAGCACAGAGGAAGCUUGUUGUGCAUCAUUAUUUGUCUCCGUUUUUAGUACCAAAAUGGACAAAUAUUCACAUACGAUCAGUUGUCCACAUGCAAAAAUCUCUUCAAAUAAUAAUCAGAUCAGAGAGCACGGCGCCAUCUGCUGGGUGGCACGACCGCUCCCUUCAGCUCUUGCUGCCCUCGUGGACCACGCCAUGCCAACGGCAACUUUUUAACAAGAUUUUCUUCAAACGUAUUAAGGAAGGUUGAACCAGUUGAGUCUGGAGAUGACGUGGUAGGUUGGAGGGGGUGGGGGUGAAGGAGAGCGCAGCGGAAGCUAGCUUUUUAAGCAUCAUUUUAGCUCAUCCUGUUUUUAUUUUGACAAUACUGACAUGCAUUUUAUUUCCUUCCGCUCGAAAAACUUUUGGGAGAAAGACGAAAAUACGUUAAGGGACAUGAGUUGCUUUUUUGUAAUCCAUACCACCAAAUCGAAAAGCUUUAUUAACAACGCCGGCAGACAAACGAUUAACUGUUUUUAUAAGGGUUUUUUUUUCAAUACAAUCAAGCACAAGGGAACAAAGCGUUGCCAUGUAGUCGUUGACAUUUCUGCGGCUUGUCAUUUUGUUGUCAUUAAUAACGGCGUCAUGCUCUGUCGCUCUGACUUGCCACUUGCACUACGUUGGCAAACGUUUGCUUUUGUAGGAGCUGUGUAAAGAUGCUGCUGCUCGAGCGGCAUAACAGUUUGUAUUUAUUAAGAAAAAAAUGACAUUAAAAAAUGACUGUGUAACUCAGAUGA